AUGUUGAGAUCGUUAUUGGGUGCUUUUUCAUCAUCCUCGUACUCGUCCUCUCCAACGGCCUCCAUUGAAGACUACCUACGGGAAUGUCCCUUUCUCACGCAAAAUACAUUUGCUUCAAAUUUAGAAAUGGAACGUGUCAUGUGCCAACAACAAUUUUGGAGGCGAGAGGGAAAGACGAAUCAAAGUUUGGGUCUAUUAAAUCAAAGUUUGAGUGAGAAUGCUGAUAGUUAUCAACCAUUGUUACAAAGAGCAAAAUGGAUUCCGUGGUGGUAUCAAAGUAGCUAUUUCCAUAAACAGUCACGAAAAUUAGCACAAGCCGAUCUUGAUAAAGCUCUCACCAUUUUGAUGAACCAAAAACAAAAUCAUUCGAGCAAGUUACUACCCUUUCCAACCUAUAUUAUUACACUCGUACAAGCUUGGAAACAUAUUGUCAAUGCAAAUUUUGUAUCGAGUGAAACUUUACUGGAAGAUGUCAAACGAGAACGAGAACACUAUUACGAACAAGUAAGAAAAGUUCUCAAUGAAUGUGGAACUUCGCCACAGGACGAGAGAUUAUAUUUAUUCUUUUCCGAUGUUGAACCCAUGUACACGAUGGCAUAUUCACAUUAUUACAAUUCACAGUAUGAUAAAGCACUUCGAGAGUACAAGUCUAUAUGGAAAAAAGCAUCCAACACAAAAUGCUCUUUUCUAGCCGAAUUACCUCCAGAAUUAAGAACAGAAUUUGAAAUCAAAGAAAAAACCAAACGAAGGAAACUUGAAAAUGAUCAUUCAUUCAUCUUGAAUGAUUUUUAUUUGGUCAAAAUACCCUCCAUGAUUUCACAAUCGUAUUAUCAUCUGGCAACCGAGUUGGAAGAAGAUAACAAACAAAAACAAUCCUAUUUACACAAGUCUGUAAAAUAUGCCACUCUCUCAAUUAUCAUGACACGAAAUUAUAAUCAAAAAUAUGGAUUUGAUUUUGGUGAUGUCAAUACUUAUGGUCAGCGAGAGAAUAUUUAUCGACAAUUGAAAUUGUAUGAUAUGGCAUUGAGGGACAUUAAUUCCAUGAUUCAAUAUUCACACCCGUAUCAACAAUUAUCUUCAGCAUUUUCAGUAUACAAAACUAAAUCACAAGUGAUUACGACCCUUAUUGAAGAAAUUACCAAAGAUGAAGCAUUUAGUAUAAUUUUAGAGAAAAAGAGAGAACAUUCAAGAUUGAGCCGUAAGAAGCAACUUUUGGAGGACAUUAUGAAGGACCUGAUACGAAAACAUCAAACCAUGACGAUUAAGAAACCACUACGCCAAAAGGCAAUUUGUAGUAUGAAUCGGAUGGAAGAUGAGCAUACUCAAAUUUCUGAAACGGAGGCAAUCGCCAAUCCAUAUCUAGAAAUUUGUAAAUGUUGGAAUGACGCAAGUGAUAAACUUGAAACACAAGCUGAUAUAUUUCUCUUUGGAUACACUGGUCAAUAUUUACCUGAUACAAACAGUGAUGAUACACCAAUGAGAUAUCCCGAUACUAUUUUGAACAUUGAACAAGCUUUUCUCAUUUGUGACAUGAGAUUGGAUUGGGCAUUGCGAAAUAAUCAACCUGGAGAUGUUAUUAACAAAUAUACAGCUCAUUUGGGCCGACUGUUACAUUCAACAAUUUACAAUAAGGAAUCAUGCACGGCGUAUGAAUUAGCAAUUACACCAACCAUAUUUGCAUCAUGGUUUACGAACAAGACCCAACGAAUAUUUAGCAAUGAUAAGGUUAGUGUGGUGGAACACUUUGUCGUGCCCGAAUGGUUUUACGAUAUUACCACAACGACAUUGCGAGAGGAACUGAUGCAUGAUUAA